CAUUGUUUCCACUAGCCAUCAGUCUACCUCAGUCUACACCAUCUUCAUUUCCUUGUCGAAUACAUCUACUGCUAAUACUACAUGCACCCCCAGCUAUGGUUUCUCAGUCAUCCCAAUACUUUGGAUUUCAACCACAACCCCCUGUUCAGAUUGUACCAGUUACUUGUGCCACUGCUAGUGAACCAAGCAUAGAAACUCAACCAACUUACUUCAACCUUAACACACAGCAGCAAAUGCCCCAGAGUUACCUGUCUGAUUUAAUGGAGCCACUGUAUGACGGAGACUCUCCAUCAAACAAUUCAUGUCACCACUGCUGCAGGAAAAUUCAACAGUUAGAAAGGGACAUACAGUCUUUCCGUUCAAAGUUAGAUGACAUGAUGCUGAAACUUAACCAGUCACAUACUGUUAACCUCAAUGUACCAAAGCAGGUGCAAGAAGUAGCACAGAGACCAGCACAGAGACCAGCACAGAGACCAAUUACUCCGGACAAUAUACCAACAUCUUCCUUACAUCAACAAGUGAUGAUGAUUGUUGGUGAGGAGAAACGGCUUGUAAAAGCUAUAACAAAGGCCAUGAGGGGAAUGUUUUCAACUGCAGAGCUAGUUGGUUGCUCAAUGAAGGGUCAGGCAACGAGCAAGGUCCCAAAUCCAAGACCAGGGCUUCCUGAAGACAGGAGAAAUGCAAUCAUUGAUGUCCUCUCAAGGAAACUGGAGGUUCCAGUGCAGGAAGUGGAAAAUAAAAUGCGAAGUGCAUUAAGAAGACUUUGUGCCAUGUAUUCAGGAAAUGCCGAAUAAACAAAAUGACAAAAUAAGUGCUGUUAAAAGUGUAAAUAUGUGAUAUAUGACUAAAUGCAAAUAUUCAAGAUUUCAUUAUUUAAUUUAAGUGCGGAAUAAACUGAAAACCAAGAAAGUGCUGUAAAUAUGUGCUAUAUAACUGAAUGCAAAUGUAGAGUAGAUUUUAUUUAAUUUAUAUUGUUCUGUUAUUUUGUUUAAAAAAAAUCUUGUUCAGUUAAAAUUAAUAAAUUUGUUUAGUAAAAAUUCAUGAAA